AUCCAGUCUGUCAAGUUCCCGCAAUUUUUGGACAUUAGCACUGGAUAGCCGCCGUCUGCCCUUGUACAUACAUACUCCAACCCCUGUCCUCUCACAGCGACUUACAUGGUCAACAUGGAGCUCGACAAAAAUGAUAUUUACACCUUCCUGGACCAGCAUCGCCAUGCAAAACACCUAGACCCCAGCCCAACCGCCUACGGGGGGGGCCCUGAUAGCGGUCAAGGACAGAAGGUCUUAAGUGAGAACGACCAGCUGCUCGAAUUCUUCGACCUUGCUUCCUUCAGGCGGGAUUACGAGUACGACCCAGACCCUUCCCCCAUCAUGGCUGAUGGUACUACACUGUCCGUGCCAGACUCUGGAAGCACGGAGACGUCCUCUAUCCGCACCCCCAUGACCUUGCAGUCCAGCCCGGGAUCUCCUUUGACAGACCAUGACACCAUCAUCUCGGAAGAGUAUGAGAACGAACCCGCCGGCAUCAACGACUUCACUAGCCCUCACGACCCAUUCCUCUUCCCCCGCCUCGACCAGAAACCGAAUCCGCCCAGAAAGCAGAACCUCUGGGUCCCCAAGAAGAGGUCUCGCUCCAACAGCCCCAACGGGCACAAGCGGGUCGUCAAGGACCCCAUAAGGACAAACCAGGUCAGGUCCGUCGGAUCUUGCACAAGAUGUCGGAUCCAGAAGGUCACAUGCACACCGGACGGUACAUGCGACAAGUGCAUCAAGGCUUACCCCAGGGACCACGCCUUGAGUUCCUGCAUUCGCAGAGACUUUGCUGGUGUCGCCUUGGACUUGUCCUCUGCCCGUUUUGCUGGACUGAACAGAGAGAAUGAGCUGAGAGCGAAACACUCACUCACGCUCUUACAGCCACGGUUCAUUGGGAACAUCCAUAGAGGCCAUGUGAUGUUCAACCGCGGUCAGCACAGUGUCAAGCUUCCCAUUGCGCUGCGGAACUACUGCUGCAUGGCGGAGAAUGCGCAUCAGGUCCUCCACCAGGGUUGCGUCUUUGCCAGAGAAUGCAGUGGGGUGCCGUCGUAUGAUGAGCUGAUCAGAUGGGGCGAGGGCAUUACGUUCCCCGAAGACAAAGACACCUUCGAAGGCCUCGUCGAGCAGUUCAUCAAGGAUUACUCCGCUCCCUGUCGCUCCGGGGGCCUCCCCAAGCGACCCCAGAUGGGGCUCCUCGACAACGUCCACAAAAUGAAGAUCAUGUACAAGAUAUGCUGCGAGGAAGACUUCAGCUUCGUCCGAGAGAACACGCGCACCGUCGAGCCGCUGCCGCUGCCCGCCAAGGCCGAGUUCAGGACCAUCGCGCGGAAGGCCCUCGAGUCGUUCGAGAACAACGUGCUCCGCGCUCUCGACAAGUACCUGAGCCCGAAGAAGAUCCCGGAACACGAGACGCCCGCGGUCUGGGCCGCGCUGUGGCAGCUGCUGUUCAUCUACCGCGACCUGUUGAGAAACCGGGCCCCGUGGAACAACAACGCGGCCCCGCUGCUAAACGCCGUCGCCGUCUUCUACUCGACGCAUUUUCGGACCCAGGCCUCUCUCAAACUCUCUCUGGACGGCAUCCGGGGCUACUGGGCGUCCGAGGAGACGCAGCAGGCGGCGCUCGCCAACGCGUUCAACCGUGCCCUGGGCCUUCGCGACACCCUUCAUCGCACCAUUGCUGCCGGUCUGGAUGAGAUCGAUCAUCGCCUUAAGGCGCUCGUCGUCGACCCCGAGAUGAAGGUGCUCAACCGGCGACAGACCAGCAAGAAGUCUGCCAGCGCGAAGUGAGCUACUUGGUGGCAUUUGAUGUAUUUUGCGCUCUCAUAACUUUUCAUUCUUCAUUGGUGUGUGGCGGCGAAGCAAUAGUAAAGACUCGGUCGAUGGAUCGAUCCAUCGGCCGAUGUCAACAACACAGCAGACUUAAACGGCGACGAAGUAUGAAAUCAUGGUAUACUUCGUAUCGAUCAUAUUCCAGGGUUGUUUUUCCACCUCUCUCAUCGGUUAUCUUGUUUCUACGAUACCCUAUCUCUUUUUAUUCAGUGAGAUUGUUCCAGGUCGAAUAACUCGCUGUCAUCGUCACAGCAGAUAGUUUUCUGUAACUAGCAUACAUCGCUACUCGAUCUAUAUCGUU